AUGGACCACAAACUAUCUGGAGACGACGUGGAUCGCCAUUCAGCGGUGAAGCGGGAAUCCAUCUCCCCUGGGGUCAGGCGGGAGUCUAUCUCUCCUGGUAAGGACCAGCAUGUUACCGCAGACAGCAUGAAGCUCAUGUCUAUGGGCUACGAACCGCAAAUGAAGAGAGAGUUGAAUACUUUGCAGCUCGUUGGAGUCGCUUUCAUGGUGACCGCAUCUUGGCUUGGGGUCACCGGUGGAUUUUCUACUGGCGUGCUGAUCGGCGGUUCUGCCGCUAUUGUCUAUGGACUUAUCCUCAUUGGGGUUAUGAACAUCUUCAUUGUUACUACCCUCGCGGAGCUCAUGAGCGCCAUGCCGAAUGCUGGCGGCCAGUAUUACUGGGUGACUCAACUGGCCCCCCCUUCAGUUACCCGACCGUCAGCUUUCUUUACCGGCCUUUGCAACUUAUUUGGGGGCAUAGUUGCUACGUCAGGCGGCUUCGUCUUGAUGGGUCAUCUGGUAUUAGGUUGCGUUAAGCUCGUACACCCUUCGUUUACCAUCCACUCGUGGCAGGCAUAUCUAGUCGGCCUCGCCUUCAAUACCUCGAUAUUCAUCGUCAACCUCAACUAUAAAAGCAUAUCUACAGGUCUCACAAUUGGAAUGGUUGUCAACAUCCUAGCCUGUGCUGCUAUCACGAUUAGCAUACCCGCCGUCAGUGCGACACAUACCGAUGCUUCCUAUAUCUUCGACAGUCUCGAAAACAUCAGUGGCUGGAAAUCUAAAGGGAUGGCCUUUCUAGUCGGUUUGAUCAAUGCCAACUAUAGUUAUGGCAUGAUUGAUACCGCAGUCCACAUGGCUGAAGAAAUCCCAGACCCUGAGAAAAACGUUCCGAAAGCUCUCUAUAUGACCGUUGGGCUUGGUUUUCUUACAGCAUGGCCCCUGGCGGUUCUCCUCAUGUGGUGUCUAACGGACUUCAAUGGCAUAGUUGGGACAGAGACCGGAGUUCCACUUCUCCAGCUAUUUUAUCUUGCCCUGCGCAAGAAUAAGGCGGCUGCUAUAUUCAUGCUAUCUUUGAUUAUGGCCUCUUAUUUCUUUGCUGUUAUAGGUCUCCAGGCCUAUAUGUCUAGAAUCUGCUGGGCAUUUUCUAGAGACAAUGGUCUUCCUUUUUCCAAGUUAUGGUCUCGGGUUCACCCAAGAUUAAAUAUCCCGCUCGAGGCUCAUGUGCUCUGCACGGUCCUGGUUUCCCUGCUCUCGCUGCUUGGGAUCGCAUCCACCACAGCGUUCAACAGCCUUGCAGCAGGAGUCGUCAUCUUCCCUUCAUUAUCAUACUCUCUCCCAGCCUUUUAUUCGCUGUUUCCGAAAAACAAAGAUGUCAAGGGUCCAUUCAACCUAGGACGACUGGGAACUUUCUGUCGAGUCGCUACAGUUCUCUUUUCCAUUUUUUCCACCGUUAUCUACUCUUUUCCAUACAUGAUGCCAGCGACCGCAGAUAACAUGAACUAUAUCUCUCCUAUCUUGGGGGUUUUUCUGUUAUACGCAGUUGCAGAUUGGUUCCUGCGUGCGCGGAAGUCUUUCAUCGUUAGAGAACACUAG